UUUGGUGUGCAAAAAUUAACCCUGAGAAAUCCAACAAAAAUAACUUAAAUUGUAGCAAAACAACACCAACCUGUCACAUUUGUGUAGUUAUUCGACAAUGCUUCAGUAUAUGUGGGUUUAAUGUAAUGUUGGUGUGUGUUUACUGCAGCUGUACAAUCCACACUGAAGGUUCUGUGUGACAUCAUGAAGAACUAUUGUACCUUUGGAAUUUUGGCUAUUCACUGUUUGCAGUCACAACACUCAACCUGUGGAUCCACAUAACCAGUUAAUUAGUGUAAAAAAUAACUUGCAAGGAAGAAUUGAAAAGAUCCAACUUGAACAUUUAACAAAUUUAUACAGGUAAAUCUUUGUUUCUUUCUGUUUCUGAAGUCCAAUCAUGGUGCAACUGAAAAACAGAGGUGGGUGUUGGGAUGAAAUGCAAAUGAAAUAUAGAGAUCUGUUUCAUGAAUCAUCAGUAGCCACCUGUUAUUACAUCUUCAAGAUUUUACUCAAAUUAAAGGACAUAGAAUGAAUCUCUUUUUCACUUUAUAUAAAAAGACAAAGUGUAACACUGAAGUUGAGCUGAUGUCCCUCUGAUGUGUAGUGGAAGAAUAAUACGUUGAUAUCAAACAAAAGCGUAGCUUCCAUUUACCACCUUAGUACCACCUUAAUAGUUAGUCCCAACACCUUGUUGCAAUGACUUAGCUUUGAUGAAACUGAAAAACAAGUUAACACUGAGGAGUUUAACAUGAAAAAAGAAAUGACGGUUAGGGUUAUGGUUUGACAAUAUUAAAAGAAAAUGAGAGAAAUGCCAUCUUUCACCUCGCCUAAUUCUCCAUUUCACCUCCAGCUUUCAGUACAAAAACUAAAUUAACUAUGGAGGACACCAGCAGCAGUUCAUCCUGUAGUGAUUCUGAUGUAUUCCCAAUCCCCAGCGACUACGAGCUUGUUGAUUUUGUGGGAGAUGGUGACUACGGAAUAGUGGCAAAGUGCAAACACAGGGACACCGGUGAGACUGUGGCCAUAAAAGUCUCGAGAUAUGGUGACGCUGUCGCACAUGAGGCAUCCAUAUUACAAGACCUCAUGGGGCAAAAUCUGGACCAGUGCAACAUUGUUAAGUUCUAUGACUGGUACCAGAUCAACAACACCACUGGUCUGGUCUUGGAAUUGCUGGGAAUUAACCUGUUUGACUACAUGACGGAGCACAGUGAGGACCGUCUUCCUCUGAAGGACAUCAGAUUCAUCAUCCAACAGUUGGCCACAGCACUAAGAGCAUUAAGAAGUGCCGGAGUGAUCCAUUCGGAUUUAAAACCAGACAAUAUCAUGCUGGUGAAGGAUGAGGAGCAGCUCAUAACAGUGAAGCUGAUCGACUUCGGCUUGGCGUUCCGCACAUGUGAAGCUGUAGUGGGCGCUUGUUACCAAGUGGCUUAUUACAGGGCUCCAGAGAUUAUGCUGGGACUCCCCUUCACUGAGGCCAUUGACAUGUGGUCUCUCGGCGUGGUGAUGGGGCAGAUGAUGUUUGGUUCAUUGAUCUUCCCUUGGCACUCCGAGUAUGGUCAGAUGAAGUCUAUCUGUGAGAUCUUGGGUCAACCAGCAGACCAUCUUUUAGAUGCUGGUCUGAAAACAAAAGAGUUCUUCAUCAAGAACUCUUGCAACCAGUGGACCAUCAUGUCACACGACCAGUACUGGAAUAAAAUCUCCAUUGGCAACAAGAUGUACCCCGUUGGCUCCCUGGAUGAUCUGAAAAUGCUGAGUGAGGAGAUAGUGAACGAUGCAGAAGCUAAAGAAUGGACGCAGUGCAUUGAACUGCUGAAAGCGAUGCUUCGAGUGGAUGCUAAUGAGAGGAUCACUCCCAGUGAAGUCCUCAACCAUCUAUUUAUCACCCAGAGCUACAUCAAUGAAACUCUACAGCCAGCAGCCAGUGAGCCCGGCACCAGCCAGGCCCGGACCGACUUAAUGAGGACAGAGACUGCAACCGAGGCUGAUGACAGUAUCCAGGACACUCAGAGUGAUGGAAAUACUGCAUUGGCUCGCCUCAAUGACAUGCUGAGUAUUGAAAAUCUAAUGCUGGAUACUGAACCUGCUGCAGCUCCUGGCACUACUCAGGACGCUGAUGCCACCAAGGGGAUCCAGACAGUCACCACAGAGCUGGAUAACACCACAUUAGAUGACAGCGAACCUCAUGAAAAGAAGAAAAAGAACUGCUUCAGACGCUUCUUGUGGAUGAAAAGGACCUUUAGCUGUUGUUGCUCUGUGAGAGUUGAGGAGUAAACUUCUCAACAAAGGUGGCAGCAUUAAUAGCCUACAUUGUGAAGAAAGCCCCCUAAAAUAUUUGAAAUUGGAAGGCUUUAGAAAUUGUUAAAUUCUAUUUUUGCAAGUGUUUUUAAUUAGCUUUGAUAAUAUGGUAUAUAAAGAAAAGUCACUUUUCUGGUUGUUUUUAUUUGUAUUUAACUCCUGCUACACAGAAACCCCUCCACCCACUGAGUCGGACUAUUGUCACAAUAUUUCUGUAAAUUAAAUGUUUCUUGAUAAUGAUACCUGCUGUAACAUUAGCAGCGCUCGGUGUUCCCAAUAAGCUAGCAUUACCUUUGGUCUGAUGUAAUGGGGCGUCUUUCCAGAAUGUGAAAGGCAACGGCCCACACUCCUUAUCUGGAAGGUCCUGGCUCCAAAUGGAAAAGAUGGCGCCAACCAUAAGCUGCAACUCUGGGCUUCAAACCAACUCCGAUGUAAACCAAUGGGUGAUGUCACACCUCGCUACGUCCAUCUUUAUAUGCAGUCUGUUAGUGAGGGAUGGCACCACAGUAGAACCAACAGUAAAUUCAUUUAACCUCAUCUGAAGACAUGAUUCCUUUACUCUCUUUCUUAGUCUUGUGUGAAAGUCUCUUCCCUGUCAAAUAGCAUUCCCUCAUGUUAGAAUAGUGCGGUACCCUUGCUACUCAGAUAACAGAAUUAAACGGGCUUCUGCCGACUCUGCCAACUAAAGCCACAAUUUGCGUCACAAGAUGAGCACCAGAAAUUGCACUGCGACACCUAAUCAGCAUAAACAC